GCGCAGCAUGGCGGCGGCGGUGGAGUCGCCGCCCUCGGGUGGCCCUGGGGCCGUACGGCUGCCGCGGUCGCCACCACUCAAGGUGCUGGCAGGGCAGCUGCGGCGCCACGCGGAGGGAGGUCCGGGCGCCUGGCGGCUGUCGCGGGCGGCGGUGGGCCGAACUCCGCUGGAGUUGGCGGUCGUGUGGAUGCAGGGCACCGUGCUGGUGGUGGAAGGCGGCCAGGCGCGGCUGCGCGACCCGAGCGGGGCCUUCUCCGUGCGCGGCCUGGAGCGCGUUCCGCGAGGCCGGCCUUGCCUGAUUCCAGGAAAGUAUGUGAUGGUGAUGGGUGUGGUUCAGGCCUGUAGUCCUGAGCCCUGCCUGCAGGCUGUGAAGAUGACGGAUCUUUCUGACAAUCCCAUCCACGAAAGCAUGUGGGAGCUGGAGGUGGAAGACUUACACAGGAGCAUCCCUUAGAGCGGAGACCCUCCGAUACAUAAGAACAGCUUUCCCUGGAGUGCUUUACCCCAUGUGGGUCUCGGGGGCAUCGCAAAGGUUUAAUGACGAGAUUUGCUUUGGUGGAGCCAGACGUCAGGACCCUAGGAGCUGGAGCUUCUGUUAACUCAGCCUUCCCUCUGCCCAGGGCUUUGGCCGCUUGCGAAUGAGAAGCAGAUCUCCGGCCUUUUCCCUUUCUGUCAUUUAUGUGUGUUUGUUUUUCUCGCUCUGAGGCAUAUGGAAAUCUCAUGUCGCCGUCUCUGGUUUGGUGAGGGGUAACGCUUGCUUCUUUAAGACGCAAACUCUGGGUUUCAGUUACUGACCGUGGGAUUAAAGUGUUUGUGGACACGAGGACACUGGGGCCUGUCUCCCCGUCUCCAGCUGUCAGGAGCCAGCCACCGCCCUGUGCAGACGGGUUCUCUGCUUCUGCGUGCUGAUUCCUCAUUGUCCAUCUUCCUUAGAUUCAGAAGGUGAGACCGGCUGUUAGAAUGGUGGGAGUAGUCUCAGAAUUCUUUGUUGAAAUUAAAAAUUCAAGGAUGGAAACAGACUUUUCAAGUACUUCUGCUUCAAAACUUUUGUGGGGAGACAGCCAGGGAGUGAGUCCUGACCUGCGUGAAAUGUCUUUCUGUUGGAAUUGUACCACUGUUGGGCUUUGGCGUUGCUGUUGCCAGACUAGAGUCCUGUUUGGAUGGCAGAGACCAAGGCAGCCCAUACUGUGUUCUCACACUGCUGAGCACUUUGCCCAGAUGACCGAUAUUCCACCACUAGUAGCAAUUGUGUAUGGCUAGUUUUUAAAAAUAA